UAUCCAGUUUGAUGGAAUCUGUGUCACGUUCUACUUGUGUACCGUCUGCAGGUAGUUUUUAUGGGCAUCAUCUUCGUGUAACAGAGGACGAUCGCGCGCCGCCGGUAGCAUUGAGGCACGUUUUGUUCAUUCUUGCACACCCAUCGUUGAAAUCACCGGGCCGAAGUGGAUUGGUUAAUACCUUAUCCCAACUACGUACCUGCGGCCUGCGUUUUUUUUUACUAACCUGCCGCCGCUAUGCCAGUAGUUGCGUUUCUAGUGUGUGUGGGUGAGCAGGUGCAUUAAAGCCCCUCGGAUGUGUUGUUCUUCGAUUGUUGAAAUGUGAGAAUGUUUGGAAUUUUUACUCGUCGCAGUUAGUGCCCACUUUGACCAGGAUGUCCGCGACAAGUGCAGACGAUGAGGAUCUACCGUGUUAUGGUCCCGGAUCGAUAGCUCUAUCGGUGAUAUUAACAAUAAUCGCCACCCUCUUAUUAUUAUACAUCUUCUACAUCGGCUGGAAACGAUGGAAGCAGAAAAAAGAUAAACACGUGGUGCUCGAAACGGAUCCGGAAAAGGGCAAGAAUUCGUACGCGUUCGACAACGACGGCUUUUCCGAUCCUGUGACUCCGUUCGAUCGAACGUUGGAAAACUCGAGCAAGAUCGACUCGGUAAAAUCCAAAUGGAGCCAGUGGUCACCUGUGGCCGCGUUUUUGGCUAAAAACGAGAAACAAAAGGCAGUGGACGAUUCGAUUUCACAAAUCGAUGAAAUUCACACGGUUCUAUUAAAAAGUCAGGACUUUACCGGAUUAGGUUUCAACAUACACGGAAAUAUGCGCGAUGGUAUUUUCAUCAGGGACAUUCUUCAUAGAGGGCCUGCGUUGGAGUCGGGCAAACUUAACCCAGGUGAUCGUAUCAAAAGUGUCACGAUCAACUUUGAUCAUAUUGUCUACGAAGAUGCCUUGACGAUUCUGAGCUAUGCCAGUCCUUAUGAGGUUAUCAUCAAAGCGCAGAAGGGUAGGACGAGUAAUGUACAAGCAUCAUCGAAGCUGCCACUCGGACAUCCGCUCUAUAGGAGCUCCUCUUCUUCAGACAUAAUUGGGUUACACAAGAAAGUCCAGAAAUCCUUAGUUUACCCCUUGGAAAAAACGCCAUCGCAUUCAUCCAUAAAAGUCUCUCACAGUACGGCGACGACCUUAGAGGCGCCGUCGGUAACGUCGACGCCGCUAAGCAACAAUCACGAAAUUAUGAAAUCCCAAUUAGAGCAGCGCAUGUUACAAAACCAUAAAUAUCAAAUGCAUCUCAAAGAGGAGGAAAGCUCCCCGGACCUUUUGGCGAACACAAAACCGGCGAAUAAGUACCAAAAGUUCGGCAUUAAGGUAUUACCGGUCCACGCGGUGGACGACAUACAGCAGAUCAGUCCGAAAAUUACCGAAACCUCACAGAACGAUAACAACAUCAAUUUGGAGAUACACACGGAUCACCUAACGCCAGUCGGCGACGAGGAAGAUCCGCCGAACUUCACGAGAGGCGACGGAUCCGGCAUCAGGCGAGACAAGGACGGAAUACCUCAAGAAAUCCCGAGCCAUAUGCUAAACGCCGCGAUUACGGCGAAAAGAAACCGAAAGGGUUCCGUCGAAUCUCCGAAGAAGCCGAAGGGUCGCGCGCCGGCGCCGCCCGACGCCAAACCGAGCUCCGUCGACGCAAGCGAUUCCGAUGCGGAAAUGGACGAGUCGUCGAUCAGUACGAUCGAACUCAAGCCGCACGACAUAACGAUUCACCAGAGCGAGGAGAUCGAGCAAAAUCGCAAAACGGCAAGUACCGGUGACUUGACAAAGGUGCACAAGAAGAGGAAAACCAGUACGGGGACGUUGGAGAGGGCGCAGAGUUUGGACAUAACCGACGCGGGUCUGCCGUCGCUCAAGAAGCACGGUACCGAUACGGAAUCUGACGAUAGUUUACUCGCGAAGGUGCUCGGCGAUCCUCGACUGUCGCUUACUCUCGACGGUUUGAGCACGUUCCAAAGAAGUAAAUUGAAGAAAUCCAGCGACUGGGGUAAUUUGGAGGAUGCCAUUUUGGGCGACAGCAGCGAGCCGGUUCAAGUCCGGGAAGCCGACCGAGAAGACGUAGAGCCAUUAGUAUUGACAUCGAACACUUCAAUAGUGCUCGAACCUGCGGUACCAAAGAACAAUUCGAAUGACUUCCUAAACGCAGAAAGAUCGAUCGCCGAAUGGGACCCCUAUUACAAAUUAGGGGGUGGCACCAAUGUGUCCGAUGAUAUGAAGGUAUCGCGACAUUCGUACAGCUCCCUAAACGACUCGAACAUCAGUAACAUAACCAUAAACGAUCAAGAAACCGAGGCGGACUUCUACGUGACCGCUUCAGACGACGUGACGAUCGAAGGCCCGACAUCGUUAACCGUGCAGAUCGAGUCGUCGUAUUCGCCCACCUACAUCACAGAAAUUCAGGUGCUAACGCCGACCGUGGACGACAAACUGGACGUCGAAAGAGAGCUGCACAAAAUUCAGGAGUUGGCCGAGGAGCAGCUAAAAAAAUUACCGGAGAUGCGCUUCUCGACCGCCAGCUACGAAAACCAGAAGGGCGACAAGAGCUGCGGCUCGCAGAUCGAACAGCUGCGCUCGAACUUCGAGAGGAGCCCCCCCUCGAAGACGUCGCUCAAGCUCGACGCGGGCAAGUCGCGCAUACCGGUCGCGACCGUCAAAACGCCGCCGACGUCGCCCGAGAGGCGCGACUCGCGAAACUUCGACCUGGAAGUCGACAGGGACAUCGUCGCGAUCAUGUCCUCGCCGAUACACUCGACGCCAAAGUACCAGCCGAAGGCGGCGAACAGAAACGUUAGCGUGACGUCGAUACGCAGCAGCUCGAAGAUACCGUCCGGUCUGCCGAGCAGACCGCCGAUUCCGCCGCGCAAGUACGAGCUCGGCGACGGCCUAUCGACGAACGGCAACAGUCACAGCACCUUCAAACAGUGGGUGUUCAAUCCCAGUGAUACCGCGGUCACGAAUAUAUCCGUAACCGAAAGCAAGUUCGAACGGAAGUAGACGGAUUUAAUUCGCAAUACAAUAUCGGUGUACCUGUUUGCUCAAGUGCCUUAAUAUUUAAUAAUUACUAAGUCAAUUUAUAUUAAAGAUAUACACGGUGUCCAUUUUUCGAGUGCCACUAUGGGGAUCUCACUUAUCUUAAGAGAUAGAAAGUUGGUUAAGCAAAGUUGCCAAUUUUCGUGCCGAAUAAGAAUCUGAAAAGGAA